AUGGAAUUCAUGGCUCGAGUUAGAGGAAUCGAACAAUUAAAAAGUAUUCCAAUAAUUUUUGCAUUGAAUAAGGUUGAUGAUUUCACAGAAGAAGAGAAGGAAGAAAAGAGGGAAAUUACUGAGAAAGCUAAACAAGUUGUGAAUGACAAGAUUAGUCAAUAUGAAUUGUUAAAUACCUCUGUGACAAGUGCCAAGUUUAACAUAAAUGUGGAAGAAAUAUUCUUAGAUUGUGUGAGAUUACUAAGCGGAACCGAUUUGGGUUUAAAACUGUUAAAGAAUAUUAUUGAACUUGAUGUGGAAUAUUUGGAAUCUCUUAAACAGAAAUUGAUUAAGCCAAAGCAAAAUUCCAAAAAGUGCUUAUUUAUGUAA